AUGACCGAGUCUGGAAAAGAGAUGAACACAAACACCAGGUGCCGAAAGCCGCACACGCGGAGCCGAGCCGGAUGUCUCACGUGCAGGAAGCGUCGUGUCCGAUGCGAUGGCGGCCAGCCAAUCUGCACAAAGUGUACAAAGUCAGGAAGGGCUUGUGAGUAUGGCUCAGACCUGCCGCUCCGAGACCGCCGGGCGGAAUGGCUCCCUGGCGAGCACCAGCCGUGGACGGUGGAUACACAAGUUGCAUUGAAUCCUGGAUCACCCAUGACAAAUUCUAUGGAUCCGUUCGAUUGUCUGGGACUUGACAUGUCAUACAAGUCAAGGCAGCUUCUUCACUACUUCCGCUACGCGAAAGGCUGCACUGACAUGCUCUCAAAAACAACGGGAAAAGACCCCUUUUCUCUACUCUCCAUCCACCCCGAUGCUCUCAGGGACACCCUGCUCGUCGCCGGACUACACUACGCUUGGACUGUUGGAGAUAUCCAUACCUACGAGUCCACUCUUUUAUUCCACAAAGUUGCAACGAUUCGUAUCUUGAAUACAUGGCUUCACAAUAUCAACCAACCUGGUCUCAUGACUUUCGUCAGACAUGUCUCCAUUUUGUGCUUUGUCGAGGGCUGUCACGGCAACGUAGCGGCAGCAGAAACUCACCUCAAAGGACUGGUUAACGCUGUGGACCUACUAAGCCCAAGUGAUGGCAGCUUUCCUAACAGCUUGAGUGUCGGGGAAGAGCUUGCCAACCGAUAUCUCAUCUUUACGCACUACUCUUUCCAGGGAUUCAAAGCAAGAAUCGUCAGCAGCGCUGCCCUGCAAAAGAUAUUCACCCAAGAAAACGUGGCAGAGUUUUCCGACUUUUUGUCCUUGGUCUAUGACUGGCGAGAGCAAAGGAUUGGCAAUCUAGAGAAGAGGCUAGGCGCCAUGAGAAUGAUGCCCUUCUUCUUCGCUGUCCUGCCCUCUGACGCUAAAUUCUACGACAUUGAUGCAUCGGCUAUGGUGGAGUGCCUCAAAAGCCUGACGGCAACGAUACUUUUCACCAGCGAUGACAACACGGUGUAUGACCCUAGUUGGGAGUGGAUUGAGGGAUCUGAAUCAAGGUUACUCUAUGAGACGGUCAAAGCACACUUUGCGUCGCUUUCAGAACCGCAAGAGGAUGACUCCUCAGAGACCCUUAGACUCAGCACCUCGUGGUCUAGCAUGUGUGUGGCUACCGGUCUCUACCUGCACAGCGCUUUGGGGAUCUGCCGCAGGCCUUUCAUCAACUAUCAAACUCAGCGCAAGAUAACCUGCGCCAUCAUGUCCCGGGCUCAGAGCAUCCCUCAUAUCUAUCUGCUAUGCCUCGAUCAACAAUGCAGCAUCGCCUUCCAAGAGGCUAGUCAACAACUUGAGCUUGGCUCCCCAACUCAAGUGUCCAUCCUCAACUGCGAGCUCACGGGAGUACCAUCCACAGUUCAAUUCGACACCAUCGUUUCUCCUGCAAAUUCAUAUGGUCAGCUAGACGGUGGCUUCGAUGAUGCCAUCUCCCUCGCCUUCUCGCCCGGCGACGACUAUAUGGCGCUCACUCGGGCAGCUCAGGAACAGCUGUAUGAUGAAUGGCGAGGCUUUGCGCCCCCCGGAACCUGCACCAUAGUUCGGAUCCCGGAAGCCUUCCGUCAGCGAUCGAUGAAUGUCUGGGGCACCAAAUUUUUGGCGCUCUGCCCCACGAUGCGUGUCCCCAUGGACGUUAGGUGGGAUAGAGAGAUUGUCUACGACGCUGUGUGGAGCUUGCUCUGCGCCAUUGACAAGCACAAUCGCACAGCAUCCGAGAACGACAAGAUCUCGAGGAUACUCAUGACUCCGAUGGCGACGGGCACAGGCCUCGUCACUCCAGAGAGAUGGGCGGAGCAGACUGUCUUGGCGAUGAAGCAUUUCCGCGAAGCGGUAGAGAAUCCGCAGAAAUGGAGUGCGAUGGAGUGGCCUGACAUCUUUGAGGUUGGAGAUGACAUCGAAGACACGUGGAAUUACGAUGAUGAGGACAACCGCACACCCGAGUAUCAGGUUCAUGGUCAGUAG